GCUGCGCGACUCCAGUCAUACCUUCUUGCUGGUGUGUUUUGUAGGUGAAAAUAACCUGAAUGAGUUACUCAGGCGGGACACUGAGGCGGUCUGUGAGGCGCAUUUAUAGUUCUGUAGUUAUGAAGAUUUGUAAAGGAAACGAGAGCGUGAGAGAGGCUUUAAAUGACGCGUAGAAACAGGAAGGUGAGCUUCUGGUGUCAUUCUGCAGCCUCACAACAUGUGUCAGCUUAGUUUGUGUGAGGAAUAGAAGUUUAAAUCCAAACAAGGAUUACAGCUGAUGUGGUCCUAAAUCAUUCACUGUAGUCAUACAAACAUGGGCUCUACCUUCAUACUGAAAGCCAGAACAUGUCUGAAGUCCUCACAGCUACUUCUCCACCAAGGAAGUCCAGCUUUCUCCACCUUAAAGCCACCCCAGGCUCGCUCUCUGUGCACCAGAGACCUCAGCCUCACCCUGGGUGUCAGACAGACACACAGGAGCAGCAGUGGACAGACUGAAGGACAAGGUGGGGUUAAAAAAACCAUCAACAGACGGGGUGAAGAUGAUGGUCCAGUGAAUGGAAGACGAGAUAAGAGGUCUGCUCCUUGGCAAAGGCCUGUCGUCCCCAAAUCUGUGUUUGCUGCUGGGACGGCAAAGAGGACGGCAGAAAUGCUGAGGAGAAAGGCACCUCUGGUCUGUGAGGAUGAGGAGGAGCCUGAAUGGAGGACAGCCAGGGGAGCAGGUAGGCUGCAGCCUCCUGAGCGGCCGCUCCCUCCCGCUGAGUGGAAGAAGGUGAAGGAGUCUCAGGGAAAUCCGCCUCGCUUUGAAAUCCAAAUGAUGAAUGUGCUCUUCACUUCUGGGGCUGAGCUGAAUGUUGCCAAGUCGUUGCUGACUUUUGUAGCCACAGAAACCGGCACACUGCCCUACAAGCUGUUACUGCAAUACCUGACGCUGUGCGUGAGCGGCGGCCAUGACGAUGAGGUGUUUGACGUCUAUGACAUCAUGCGGGGGAGCUUCCCUUCUCUGGACACAGGAGCUUCCAGUCUUUUUAUCAAAGCCUUCAGCCGGACAGCGAGGUGGAGGGAGGCGCUCGACCUCCUGCAUGAGCUUAAGAAGGUCUUUAACCCAUCACCACGCAACUAUGGUGAUGUCAUUGCAGCGGCAGUGCUGCAUGGCGAAGCAAGCACUGCCUGGGCUCUUUACGAUGAGUUAGUCGAAAAUGGACUGAGUCCUUACCAGGAGACAUGGGAAGUUCUAUUUAAAGGAGCGAGUAAAGAGGAAGGAGGAGAAGGAACGACGGCCAUGUCACAGGCUGAACAGCAGGAGAGGCUCAUGGAAAUUCUGCUGCACAUGAGAAAUAACCAGAUCUACCCCCAGCAGAGCCUCGCCAGCAGCAUCAAGAACUGGUUUGAGAGCCUAACAGGACAGGAAUGGACAGGAAGCUGGACGACCGCCACCCCAAAGGGAGUGUGUAGGAGUUGCGGAUCAGAGCUGGAGUCCAUCCAGCUGACUGCUGAGGAAUACCAGCAGCUGAAGGACAGAGUGAUGGCCGACAUCAUUCAGGGACAAGAUGUUUUCAAAAAGACCACUCCAGAGGAGCUGCAGCGGUUCAAGUUGUUUGUGAAGAGGAAGCCGGCCUUUGAUGUGGUUGUAGAUGGGCUUAAUGUUGCAAAUAUCAACAAGGACAAAAGCAAGCAGUCGGAGACGCUGCUGGCGGUGGUGUUAGAGCUUGUCGAGCGUCAGGGCCUGACUGUCCUGGUGCUGGGAAGGAAACACAUGCUACGGCCCUCAAGAUCCUGGGACAGACAAAACAUGAACCUCAUCCAGCAAAAGGCCCAUUGUUUCUUUACUGACAACAUUUCGGAGGAUGACCCCUUCCUGUUGUACGCCACUCUGCAUUCUGGGAACCACUGUCGGUUUGUGAGCAGGGACCUGAUGAGGGAUCACAAGGCCUGUCUGCCAGAUGGAGCCACCAGGCGGCUCUUCUUCAAGUGGCAGAGAGGCCACCAGCUGGUGGUGGACGGGUAUGUCGCAGCAGGCAGGAGGGUUCGAUUUCAGAGUAUUCCCAGCUAUGACACGAUCAUCCAGACCUCAGGAGGAGACUCAUGGCACAUCCCCUAUGACAACGCAGAGGACAGGAGCACCUAUGAAGUGCCACAACAGUGGCUGUGUCUCAACAAAAACCACUGAGGACACUUUUUUUUUUUUUUUUUUUUUACAGU